AUGCAGUUCAAAUCCCUGCUUCUCAUAGCAGGAGCAACUAUCCUCUCACCAUUCCUGGUUGAAGCUCAAACUUGGACCAUUUGUAAUCCUCUCAACCAAACAUGUCCCAAUGAUCCAGCUUUGGGUACAAAUCAUACUUUUUAUUUCAAUACAUCAUCGACCGUCACCGAUUACUACAAUAUCACCGCUGGAACUCUGGCAUAUGGUAAUGAUGGAGCUGAAUUUACUAUUGCCAAACAAGGUCAAUCACCUACUAUUCAGUCUAAAUUCUUCAUCUUUUUCGGUCAAGUAUCCGUGGUUAUGAAGGCUGCAACUGGUGUAGGAAUUGUAUCAAGUAUUGUGUUGGAGAGUGACGAUUUGGAUGAAGUGGAUUGGGAAUUCAUUGGAGGUAACAAUACUCAUGCCGAGACGAAUUAUUUUGGAAAGGGGAACACUACCGCUUAUGAUCGAGCGAUUUGGUACCCAACUCCAUCAGAUCCCACAGCAAACUUUCAUAACUACACUGUCGAUUGGACUGCCGAAAGAAUUCAAUGGUGGAUUGAUGAUAGUCUUGUUCGAACACUCGCAUAUGCCGAUGCGCUUGGCGGCAAGAACUUUCCACAAACUCCAAUGACAGUUCGAUUGGGAAUUUGGUCCGGUGGUGAUCCAAAGGGUAAUAGUGAAGGAACAAUUGAAUGGGCAGGUGGAGUAACUGAUUUCAGCAAGACUCCAUUUACUAUGUAUGUGAAAAGUGCAGCUAUUCAGGAUUAUAGCACUGGUUCGGAAUACCAAUGGACAGAUAAAACUGGAGAUUGGCAAUCCAUCAAAGUAAUCAGUGGUAAUUCCACCGUCGCAAAAGCUAUCACCGAAAACGCUACCCCAAAACUGACCCUAAGCGAAAAAUGGCAUAGGCUCUCGAAAGGCGUCAAACUUACCAUCUACUGUUUAUGUGGUGCCGUAGCCGCCGCUCUUAUCUCCUUAUUCCUCUUUACUUUCUUCCGUCAACGUCGUAACGGACGUUUAGAACGUGAAGCCUACAACCAAUUGAUUGAAAAGCAACAACAAGAUAACCAAAUAGAAAUGAACAACAAGGGAUUUGGCGGCUUUGACGACGCAUCCGGAGGCUUGGGAGAUGAUCAUGGGACAGGAUAUGUAGGACCUGUUGGUAGCGCGAGCGCAAACGCUUUGGCGACCGGAAGUCCAGUGGUACAGGCGGGUCAGCAUGGUCCUAGAAGUCCGACGAUGGUUGAACAUAGUGGUGAGAUGAGUCCUCAAACUGCGGAAUUUCCUCAACAGCCGAGAUUUGGAAGUACGACGAAUGGGGGUUCUUACGUGAAGAUGUGA